AUGCUGAACGAAACUACCUCACCAUCCUCCUCCUCACCUUCAUCCCCACCAUACUAUAUUCUUUCAUCUGACAACGAACCCUCGGACCCUCAAUCCCCCACUCUAGCUCAGCUUCAAGCACGUGCUCUAGCCUCUCAACAGCCAUCACAAACUAAACCUAAACCUGAAGUCACUUCCCCACCCCCUGAACAACAAAAUCCACCUCCAUCUGAUCAACCUCAAACACCAACACCUGCACAACAAACUAAUCCACCUCCUGAACAACCAAUACCAUCACCAUCUGAACCUCAACCAAAUCCACAACCUGAACAAACAACACCAUUUCCCUCUGAUAUUCCCCCACCACCAACCUCUGCUACCAUCAUCACUCCUAUUCAAAAUCCAGAUGACACCAAUCAGACUCCACCAUCCUCCCCAGCCUCUGACUCUGAACCAGAAACUACCUUCCCCAUAUUAGAAGAAGUAAUAACUGUUUUUGCAGAAUCUUCAGUAGAGAAGAUCAAAGAUGCUGGUAUAAGACUCCAAGCUCGCUUGGCCAGAGAGGCUGAAGAAAAGGCCAGGAAGGAAGUAGAAGAUAAAGUUCGCCUGGAAGAAGAGCAAAGAAUCAGAGAAGCUGAAGAAAAGGUUGUUGCUGCUGAGGCUGAGGCAAAAGAAAAAGCCGAAGCUGAAGAAGCAGCACAUAUUGCUGCAGAGGAAGCUGCCAAGGCCAGUGUUGAUGCUUUGACUCAUGGGGAGCACUCUAACUCUGGUUUUGCCCCUCUGGUCUUAAAGACUCUAGAGGAACUACAAAAGGAACAACAAGUGGUACGAGCAAGGUUGGAUCACCAGGAUUCCGUCAACACCAACAUUCAGAACCUGUUGACUCAGCUGCUCCAAAGGAUGCCUCCGCCCCCAAACCCUUAG